AUGGCCAAACGAUACACUGCAGAGUUUCUCCUCCAUCUAAGGGAUUCUCCGCUAUGCGUCAAACCUGAUAACCUACCGCCCACCGAGGAAUGGAUGGGCCCUCCUCCCGAACCUCAACAACGAACUCAGCAUCAACAGACUCGCUCUGGUCAAGCCUCUACCUUUGGCGUCUUUGAAAAGCCUCGUUCUGGCGAUAACGGUCUGCUCGAUCAGUCGAAUAGACGCCCCGAUUUCAACCGCCAUGCCUCCAAGACCAGUGCCACCAAUGCUGAAGAACUCAUGUUCGGUCCCUCCCGAACCGCAUUCUCCUCGUCUGGUCGGACCAAGGGACUGGAUACCGACAAGAACCCCCGAGACCCCGAAGCCGUCGGACGCUUCAACAAUAUCCGCACCAGCGACGGCGACCGUUUCCGCGAGAGCAGGAACGCACUGCCCCUGCGCCGCCGCCCUGACGGCCCCGACCAGGACGGCGAGGGCUGGAGCACAGUCAAGCCCCGCAAGAGUUUCGGCGCAGAGGGCGCCGAGCGCUUCCACGGUCGCAUGGGCGGCAACUUCAGGGAGGACAAGAAGCAGCCCAUCCGCGAAAAGGACGACCGUCCGCCUCGCACCUUUGACGGACUGUCCAAGGACAAGGACAUUGACGAGAACGGUCGCCCGCGCACCGUAACAGGAGCCAAGGGCGUCAAGCCCGACGCCUGGCAGGAAGGGAAACCGCCCGUAGAGGGACGCGGCACCGAUAAGCGCGAACGCAUCGACCGGGCCAAGAACUGGAGGGAGCGCGACCCAGCUGCCGAUGCCGCUGCCGACGACGAACUCGCCGGUGGUCGAUCCCACGACAAUACCGGGCGGUGGGGUCGCGACGGCCAGCGUGGCUCCCGCGACCCCGAAUGGUUCGACGAACCCGCUCCGCGAAAGGCCGAGCCGCGCACCCAGCAGGAUUUCCAGAAGUGGAUGGAGGAAAUGAAGAAGUCCAAGGGUGGCGGCGCGCCCCUCGCCGAACCCGUCUCGCCGCCUCCCGCCGACCCGGCUAUCGAGUCGGUCAAGCUGCACACCCGGUCACCACCCUCGGUCCCCGCGGGACCCGACAAGUUCUUCAUGGCCUUUGGCGGAACCAGCAGCGCCAUGGAGACGCCAGCGGCUGAGCAGCCCGACCCGGCCACCGUCUCCAAGUCCAAGCCCGCCGGCAAGUCGUCUCGGUUCACAUCCUUCUUCCAGAGCCACGACGGCGCCAAGAUGGGCGCACCUGCUACACCGUCGCAGACGGCGCAGGCUGCACCCCCUCCAGCCUCGGCACCGCCACCCCAGGACAGCAACGCCGGUCUCGGAGGCCUGCUGGGGGCCCUCGGCUCGCCCGGCGCCAACACCAACGCCCCCGACUCCGAGAGGCAGGCCUUCCAGCAGCUCCUGGCCAAGCUGCAGAAGCAGACCAAGAGCGCCACGCCCCCUGGUCCGGGACCUUUCCCGGCCCCGGGCGCUGCGCAGCCCAUGGCCGGGAUGGAAUACGGCCAGCAGAACGUCGGCCCUCCCGGCCCUCCUCCCUACUCCCACCUCCAGGCCGGCCUCGACGGACCCAUGGAAGCCCGACCACCCCCCCAGCACGCGCAGGAGAUUCUCGCCCCGCGCCCGCAGCAGCAGUCGGCCCGGCCGGAGCAGCUCCUGCAGGACCUGGCGGGACGCCACCAGCGCGUAUCGAGCGAAGGAUCGGCUCACGACGAGAACGGCACACCUCACCCGAACGCCAACCCAGCCCGCAACAACAGCAACACCGAGUUCCUGAUGAACCUGAUGCGGGCGGCGCCGGAUGGCCAGCACCGCACCGAGUCGGCCAUGCUGCGGGCGGCGCACCAGGCCCAAGCCCAAGCCCACAUGGGACCCCACCCGCCCCCGCCCCACCAAGACCGCGAUCUCGACUUCUCGCCGCACGACGGCCGACAGCAGCAGCGGCACAUGCGUCCCCCUCCGCCGCCCGGAUUCCCCAUGGACGAGAACGACUUCCGCCCCAUGCCCGGGCAGAACCCCCAGCAGCAGCAGCAGCAGCAGCAGCAGCAGCAGCAGCAGCAACCCACGCAGAUCCUCCAGCGGCCCCCGCCGCCGCCAGGCCUAGAUCAGAUACCACCAGGCUGGAUGACGGGCGCGGGCGGACCGAUGGCUCCUCCCCUCCCCCUCCCCCAGCAGCAACACCAACAGCAGUCCAAGCAGGCGCAGGCGCAGCAGCAGCGCGUACCGCCAUCUAUGAUGCCCCCACCAGGCCUACCAGGCGGCGUUGGCAUCCACUCCCUAGGCCGCAACGCCGGCAUCCCGCCAAACCUCAACAUGCCCCCCAUGUUCCCGCCCAACAUGCCGCCCAUGCCCCCUCACCCGGACGCAAUGGGCUCCAUGGGUCCUCCGCGCAACAUGGGUCCCGUACCGCCCGGCUUCUUCAACGGUCCGCCACCUCCCCCCCACGCCUUCAUGAGCUUCAACGGCCCCCCACCACACGUCGGACCUCACGUCGGUCUCGGCCCGCCACCUGUAGGUCCCCCCGGCGGUCCGGACAUGGGUUUCGUCCCCUCCCCCUUUGACGGUAGGGGUAUCCCCCAGCCUCCUAGGGGGUAUAGGUGA